AUGACGAAUUCGCUACACAAGAAACUGGGACUUCCUCUGAAAUCCGCAAACGUGGGCCUACGGGCCAUCGGCAACUCAUCUGCUGUCCGCACAUUGGGCUCAUGCACUGUUGAGCUGCAUUCGCUAUAUGGGAAGAAUUCGCUAAAGAUACAGGCCCACAUUCUCUCUGUGUUGGCGGUAGACUUGCCGUCAUACACCCUUAUCGACAAGAAAUGGUCGCAUCUACUGGGACUGCAAUUGGCUGACCCGCAAUUUUUGCAGUCCAGACCAAUUGACAUCAUUUUGGGAGCAGCACCUGCAGCUUUCAUCAUCAAUGAGAAGAUUCGCAAAGGGCCUGUUGAUUCGCCAAUUGCUCAGUCAACCCUCUUGGGCUGGAUUGUCUACAGCUCAGUCAAUCCAACUGCUACGAAAUAUUCGGCCAAUUCUCUGCACGUGUCAGCCGACGAACAACUACCGGAUCUGAUCACCAGAUUCUGGGACCAGGAAGAACCGCAUGAUGAGCACAUUCGCUAUAGUGAGCAGGAAGACAAAUGUGAAGCUCACUUUAGAUCCACACAUUAUCGUCACCCAAAUGGGCGUUACGUGGUGCACUUGCCACUCAAGGACAAAGUAGAAGCACUUGGGAAUUCACUGAGAUCCGCACAAUUUUCACUGCGUCGGGUUUUGAAACGGAUGAGCACGGACACUACUUACAGUGACCUCUACCACAACUUCAUGUCUGAGUACGAGAACAUGGGUCACAUGAAACACAUUUCUAUGGCAGAUCUACCGAAACAACAUUGCUUCCUACCUCAUCACGGUGUCCUCAAGGAACAGAGCACUACUACAAAGCUCAGAGUAGUGUUCAAUGGAUCAUGCAACACCUCAUCAGGAGUUUCGCUGAAUGGGAUCUUACACGUUGGGCCAAAAAUCUAA